CUAAAAUGACAUUCUAGCAAAGCUUUUACCUUUUUAAAGUUCAACCUAAAGCACCAACCAAGAGCUAUUACUGAGUACAAACAGCACAAACUCACGAAAACAAACAAAUUUCACAAAGACAGAACAAAAAAUGUCCAAGUUUCUUCAAGUUUUCUUGGUGGUUCUGGUUGCUUGUUUAACUUCGUCGUUGGUACAAUGCAAGAUUCAAAUUUAUAAGUUCAAUGUAAGUAUUUAUGAUCUUCUUCUUCAAUUUAAGCAAUACUUCUUCAGAUGGUUGCAUUAGGUUGAAGAGAAUCUCAUAGCAAAACCCUAGAUGUUUUUAUAUAAGCUUAGAUCAAAGCCACAUUUUGCACCUCUUUUCUUCUCUUUUUUUCCCCGCUUUUGUGCUCAUGCAGUUUAACUAUGCCUAUAUUGCCAUAUCCAAACAAGAAGCGAAUUCUUUUCUUCCUUUCCUUUUUCUUACUCCCUUUGGAGAAGAAGAACAAAAAAAAAAAAAAAAGAAGGAAAAAGGAUAAUUUUGUUUGGCAAUAUGAAUAGUGCUAUUUGAUUUCAGAACCUCUAUCAUUGAAAACCAGUUCAUAUAGGGUUCAUUUGCACUACGUGUCAUGAAGAUCACAGAGCAUUUUGGUUUAUAAUAAGAAUUUUGUAAAAUUUAUCAAGUACUGCAUGGAUAUGAUUUGCCAGACUAGUGAAAUGUGCUCGUGAAGUUGAAAUGCUACGUUAAUUUUUGUCGUUGUGUGAGGCUAAUGCAGGUAAUGAUGACGAACACAACAAGAUUAUGUGAAACAAAGCCCAUAGUUACAGUCAAUGGACUUUUUCCAGGCCCGACACUCUUUGUUAAGGAGGGUGAUACAGUUCUCAUCAAGGUUGUCAAUCAAAUCCAGUCUAAUAUGACCAUCCAUUGGCAUGGAAUACGGCAAAUUCGGACGGGCUGGUCCGACGGUCCGGCGUUCAUCACACAAUGCCCAAUUCAACCAGGACAAAGUUACGUCUAUAAUUUCACCAUAACAGAACAGAGAGGAACUCUGUGGUGGCAUGCUCACAUCGGCUGGAUGAGAUCCACCGUGCACGGCGCCGUUGUUAUUGUCCCUAAACAGGGCGUUCCUUACCCUUUCCCCACUCCAGACAAAGAAAUCGAGAUUAUUUUAGGAGAAUGGUGGAAGUCAGAUGUUGAAGAAAUGAUCGAAAACGCAUUGAAGAUUGGAAUCGGACCCGACAUUUCUGAUUCGUACACCAUCAAUGGACUAACAGGCCCUGUUUCAUCAUGUUCUUCACCACAAGAAGGGUUCAAUUGGGUUGUGGAAAAUGGCAAGAAAUACAUGCUGAGAAUCGUCAAUGCUGCACUGAAUGAAGAACUGUUCUUCAAGAUUGCGAACCAUAAACUCACCAUUGUUGAAGUCGACGCAACUUACGUUAAACCAUUCCAAACAGAAACCAUUUUCAUAACGCCGGGACAAACGAUGAACGCCAUUCUGGACGCUGAUUUGGGAACCGGAAACUAUUUAAUGGCAGCUUCACCGUUCAUGGAGGAAGUUCAUGUCCCGAUCGAUAACCGGACCGCCACGGCCACCCUUCAGUAUUCCGGCACCAAUCCGUCGGAACCCAUCAAAUUAACCGACAUUCCGGCGCAAAACGACACCUCCGUGGCAACAUCAUUUGUGGAUUCCCUCAAAAGUCUUAAUUCCCAAGAAUACCCUGCCAGAGUCCCUUUGAAUAUUGACCAUUCUCUGCUUUUCACAAUUGGUUUCGGUAUCAACCCUUGCGCUAAUUGUGUCACUGGUUCAGAACUUUUGGCAAACUUCAACAACAUAUCCUUUAUCAAGCCCGAAAUUUCUCUCCUCAAUGCACAUUUCUUCAACAUUAGUGGUGUUUUUAGUGAUGAUUUCCCGGGGAAUCCCCUGAAUCCGUAUGAUUACACUGGCACUUCACAACCUAGAAAUCUUAGGACAAUGCAAGGUACGAGGCUUUACAGACUUGCUUACAAUUCAACCGUGCAACUGGUUUUGCAAGAUACUGGUAUGAUUAGCCCUGAAAACCAUCCAAUUCAUCUGCACGGCUUCAAUUUCUUCGUGGUGGGAAAAGGGUUAGGGAAUUACAACCCGGAUAAUGAUCCGAACAACUUUAAUCUUGUUGACCCUGUUGAGAGAAACACCAUUGGAGUUCCAACUGGUGGAUGGGUUGCUAUCAGAUUCAGGGCAGAUAAUCCAGGAGUUUGGUUCAUGCAUUGUCAUCUGGAAGUACACACAACAUGGGGACUUGAGAUGGCAUUUGUUGUUGACAAUGGAAAAGGACCUAAAGAAUCUAUAUUACCACCUCCACAAGAUCUUCCUACAUGUUGAGAUUUGCUUCCAAGAAAAUUGAGUACACCUUUGUUAAAGGUUUUUUUUUUUUUUUUUUCCCUCCCUUAAAUCAUCAAAUGUAAAAAAGCGUGAAAUUCAGAUUGUAAGAAACAAAACAGUGAACCGAUCGGUUUGUCGCAGUCGGAUAAAUAAUGUUUGUUGCAUAUGAAAAUAGUGAUAUUCCCGGAGAAAUGUCAGUUUGCUCACCUUUGUUUUCUAGCGC